CCGAGUGGGAUGGAACUAGUAUUUUUGCCAGCUUAUUCGCCGAUACUAAAUGCAAUUGAAGAGUUCUGGUCAGUGUGUGUGGCCAAGGUUAAGCGGUCAAAUUUAACUAGAAAAGAACAGUUGACACCAAGAGUAAAAGAAACGACAGUAAAGGUAGCCUUAAAAAGUUACCAUGGCUUCUGUAGACAUGCUAAUAACCUUAUAAAACACUGUUUAGAACUGACAUCUUUCUAG